GCUGAACGGCUCCGCUCAACGGGGACGUGCCUUGGGCGGCGAUUGUGACCGAAAUUAGUGGGUCGAAUAUGUAAACAACAACGCCUAUCUUGGCCAGUUGUGGUUUCUUCCUACUUUUUUCACCAUGAACACGAAUUAGGUCGUCUACAUCCAUGCCUCCUGCGCCAUUCACACCGUCUAUGCAGGACAGUGUACCCCUUUUCCUGGAAGAGACGCUUGUUCAUACAGAUCUUGAGCCUCUAGUCUACGAGGAAUGGUCCGGCGUCGUCGCAACAGACAACUUGAAGAAUGCUACAAAUUCUACCAUGCCGCGUAUAGCCCUGUCCUUUUUCGAUGGUCUCAUCGACAGUCGGCUUUUGCGUUCCUCCAUAUAUCACAAAUUCAAUUCAGCAAGUCAUUCGUUGUUGAGUUUACGUUUAGCAAGAUUACGCGAAGGGCUUCAGUCGCUCAUUGUUGAAGUGGUCAAAGACCCAACUCUGUCUCGAUUCGUUCCUCCACAUCAAAAUACACGGUGCAAUAAUUUGAUCCUCGAAACUGUAUCUGGUGAAAUAUCUGGUGUCGUCGAUUGGGAAUAUUGUGGAUGUCUUCCAGCUGCAAUGGCUGCUCAGUAUCCUGGAUGGAUAAGACCCCCGAUCGAUGAGUCGCUACAGUACCGAAAUCCCAAGGACACCUUCCUGCACUAUACCUUCGAACUUAAAGCACCAACCCCCAUCGGAAGCUGAUCAGAGGUAACAGCAGAGACCAAGGAAAAACACAAUCUAUCGAACAUUUUUUAAUGUAAUGCUCUGAUAUUGACUAUGUAUGUCGAGUCCAAUCGAGAUGCAAGCCCCAACAAAUAGACAGCACAAGGAAAGACAAGAAAUUAGUCCCAAUUCUUGAAGUCUGCAUGGCUUCAAAGCGCGGCUUUACCGGCAGUCUUCAGGUGUUCGAACAUCAGCAAGUGAAAAGGUUACAAUUCAGUCUGACUCACCUCGAUAGGAAGCAACAACAUCA